GCCUCACCCGAAGAGCUUCACUCUGCGACUCCUCCGUUUCUCUCUAUCCUUUAAUUUGUUGUGUGGGGCUGGGCUGUGCGUUUUCCGGCGUGUACGGACACGGAAGAGGAGCUAGGGUUCCGGCGAGGAUGGCAUUGCUAUCGGAGCUUGCGACGGAGAUCGUGAUCCCGGUCUGCGCCGUGAUAGGUAUCGUGUUCUCGCUCGUGCAGUGGCUCGUGGUUUCGCGCGUGAAGCUCACGCCCGAGCGCCACGCGCCCGCCUCCGCUAACAAGAACGGCUACAGUGACUACCUGAUCGAGGAGGAGGACGGCAUCAACGACCAGAAUGUCGUCGCCAAGUGCGCUGAGAUUCAGAGCGCCAUCUCCGAAGGUGCGACAUCCUUUCUCUUUACUGAAUAUCAGUAUGUUGGGGUCUUUAUGAUUGCUUUUGCAAUUCUGAUCUUCCUCUUCCUGGGGUCCGUGGAGGGCUUUAGCACGAAGAGCCAGCCCUGCACUUAUGAUCAGCAAAAGCUGUGCAAGCCAAGACUUGCAACUGCAAUCUUCAGCACUGCUUCUUUCUUGCUUGGUGCUGUCACCUCAGUUCUGUCUGGUUACCUUGGGAUGAAAAUUGCUACUUAUGCCAAUGCAAGGACAACUUUGGAAGCAAGAAAGGGUGUGGGCAAGGCCUUCAUUGUAGCAUUCAGGUCUGGUGCGGUGAUGGGUUUUCUCCUUGCUGCAAAUGGUCUUUUGUUUCUUUACAUUGCCAUCAAUCUCUUUAAGCUGUACUAUGGCGAGGAUUGGGAAGGUCUUUUUGAGGCUAUCACUGGUUAUGGCCUUGGUGGAUCUUCCAUGGCACUCUUUGGAAGAGUUGGUGGUGGUAUUUAUACCAAGGCUGCAGAUGUUGGUGCUGACCUUGUAGGAAAGGUUGAAAGAAACAUUCCAGAGGAUGACCCAAGAAACCCAGCUGUAAUUGCAGACAAUGUUGGUGAUAAUGUUGGAGAUAUUGCUGGAAUGGGAUCUGAUCUUUUUGGCUCUUAUGCUGAAUCAUCUUGCGCUGCUCUUGUCGUUGCUUCCAUCUCCUCUUUUGGUAUCAACCAUGAUUUCACUGCAAUGUGUUAUCCACUUCUCAUCAGUUCUAUGGGCAUCCUUGUCUGUUUGAUCACAACCCUCUUUGCAACUGAUUUCUUUGAGAUCAAGGCUGUCAAGGAAAUUGAACCAGCACUGAAAAAGCAACUCAUUAUCUCCACUAUUCUCAUGACUGUGGGAAUUGCGAUAGUUAGUUGGAUUGCCCUGCCAUCAUCCUUCACAAUUUACAAUUUUGGGACUCAAAAAGUUGUGAAGAACUGGGAGCUCUUCUUGUGCGUGGGUGUUGGUCUUUGGGCUGGACUUAUAAUUGGAUUUGUUACAGAAUAUUAUACGAGCAAUGCGUACAGCCCUGUGCAAGAUGUUGCUGAUUCCUGCAGGACUGGAGCUGCCACCAAUGUUAUAUUUGGCCUUGCUCUGGGAUACAAAUCUGUCAUCAUUCCAAUUUUUGCCAUUGCAGUCAGCAUUUUUGUUAGUUUUAGCUUUGCUGCAAUGUAUGGCAUUGCAGUGGCUGCUCUUGGGAUGCUGAGCACCAUUGCUACUGGGUUGGCCAUUGAUGCUUAUGGACCUAUCAGUGACAACGCUGGAGGCAUUGCUGAGAUGGCGGGCAUGAGCCACAGAAUCCGUGAGAGAACUGAUGCCCUUGAUGCUGCUGGGAACACGACUGCAGCCAUUGGCAAGGGAUUUGCCAUUGGAUCUGCUGCACUUGUGUCUUUGGCUCUAUUCGGUGCCUUUGUGAGUCGUGCUGCUAUUUCAACUGUUGAUGUAUUGACCCCGAAGGUCUUCAUUGGACUGAUAGUGGGUGCCAUGCUUCCUUACUGGUUCUCUGCCAUGACCAUGAAAAGUGUCGGAAGUGCAGCCUUGAAAAUGGUUGAGGAGGUUCGCAGGCAAUUCAACACUAUUCCAGGUAUCAUGGAGGGUCUUGCCAAGCCUGAUUAUGCUACCUGUGUCAAGAUCUCUACUGAUGCAUCCAUCAAGGAAAUGAUUCCUCCUGGGGCCCUUGUGAUGCUUACGCCUCUUAUUGUUGGAACCUUCUUUGGCGUCGAGACGCUGUCCGGUGUUCUGGCUGGUUCCCUUGUUUCUGGUGUUCAGAUAGCAAUAUCUGCAUCUAACACUGGUGGUGCAUGGGAUAAUGCUAAGAAGUAUAUUGAGGCUGGUGCUUCAGAGCAUGCUAGGACCCUUGGCCCAAAGGGGUCUGAUCCACACAAGGCAGCUGUGAUUGGUGACACCAUUGGAGACCCACUCAAGGACACCUCAGGUCCAUCACUCAAUAUCCUUAUUAAGCUCAUGGCAGUGGAGUCCCUUGUGUUCGCUCCUUUCUUUGCCACUCAUGGUGGCCUGCUUUUCAAGAUCUUCUAGGAGGGGGAUGGCAAGAACGCUUGGGGGGAAGAAGUUUAUUUCCAUUUAUCUCUUUUUUGUCCGAUGGAAGAGGUUUAUUAACUUUUUUUUUUUUUCAUUAUCCUUCGCCCUUAGGUAGUAUUUGGAUUCAAUCGUGAAUUUGAGAAUUAAUUUUGGGAAAUGAUUUACCCAAGUAUGAGGGUCGUGUAGUCUUGAGAAUUGAGCUUCAUAUUGGCUUUGCUAAUUGCAUUUUGGGAAAAGUUCACAUAUCUUUAUCAAACUA